AUGCUCAGAGCUAUGAAUUUUUGGAAUUUAUUGGGCUUUAGAUCCAGUAAAAGUGACGCUUUUAACAUUCAAGUGCCCAAUAUACCCAAACUUAGCGAUUCUCAUAACUAUUGGUAUUGGCGAAUUCUUCUGCGUGCCUAUCUCGAGGCCAUUGGACUGUGGUCAGGCAACGCUCCGCUUGAGUGUCCGCAGAGUAAGUUUAUCUUGUUAAGCACAAUUGAGCUGUGGCUUGUAUCUCGCGAUUAUGAAGCAAUAGGCGCCAUAGCUCUAUUCGACGAUUUGUAUUUGCGCUUUGGAAUGGGAAGAAUUAAUGUAAUAUAACAAACAUCUGUUACGUUUCAAAUUCAAAUUACCGCCAAAGUAAACUUUCGUCAACUUGGCUGCACGAGCGCAAACUCCAAUGUAUACACAUAAUGAAAAGUAAACGAGUUGGCAGCCCCAGCUCAGGGGCCACACUGAAACUCAUUCGAUUAUUUUGCCGCUGCUGCCAAGCUUAUUAACAGGGCAUUAAUAAUUACUCGUAAUUUUUUGAAAGAUUAAUAAUUCAUUUAAAGAGAUUAUUUAUCUUUAUAUAAGGGUAUUGGAUUUUUUUCAGACGGCUGUGCCUUUUUAAAACAUUUUUUCAAAAUUGCGCCAUACACAGUGAAGUGUUACCAGGCAGUGGUUAUAAAAGUGGUAUUCUUAGUAUAUUUUCAUCUUUAAAUAGUAUAUUUUGCAAUAACACUUGCGGUCACCUCAGAGUGAUAAAACAGUUGCAUUUCAGAAGUCAAAUCGAGUUGACGUGCGGAGCGCGUAGGGCUCAAUUUUAUAUUUCAAACGUACUAACAAUGUUAUUUUAAUUUAAACAAAUAAACGACGAUAAACUCACAAAGUGAAACGUUAUUUUAAUUGGUAACAAUAACAAGAAUUAAACGACGCUCAAACCAAAUCUUGGAAAAAAGUCAAAGCAGGCCACGAAUGAAGCCAAAACAUCGCGACAUCAUCGACAUCGACACCUGUUUGCUUGCAUUCCUGAGCCUGUGCAUGAACGU